UCGUCUCCAUCACCCAAGAAUUUCCUCCCCUUUCCAACAGCAAUUAGCACGCCGCUCGCUUGGUCGUCUUCGUCGAUCGCCCGAAAAUCCACGCACGCGCGCGCACAACGCCAAUCGCGUGACGGAUCCGACAAUAGUUCACGAUCAGAAAGAGGAGGCUUUAUUUUCUUUCUUUCUUUGUUCUUACUCACUGUUGCAGCUUUUUACUUGUUAUUGUAUGCUGAUGGCGGCCGGCUGCUGGAUCGGAAAACGGCGCAUUUAAUUCGGGUCGUUUUCUCGUUGAAAAAAGAGAAGAGUGGACGCCAGAACCGAACCAACCGGGCGACUCGAAAACAAACGAUUAUUCUCGACUGCCCACGAAUCCGAACCGCCGCACUCGAGGCCCAAGACACGGGACAUCACCACAUGCAUCCCGAGACCUCGUUCGGCUCAAUCACGCGAAGACGAACCUCGUAAACACCCUCGAUCGUCCACUGUCCACCGCAACCGCGACCUGCAGGGAAAUUGGGAGGAGGAGCCUUUGCAACCACUCCGCCGCGUCUUGACGACGCCGGCUGUGCUGGACUCGAAACCUCUCUGGACGCCUCCGAACCGAUUCUUCACCAUGUUACGGCCCGCGACCCCAUUGUCGGUUCUGCUGACUGCAGCAUUCGGCCUGCUGGUCAUAUCCGUCAUCUCAACCCCGAUCAUCAAGGCCAUCCCGCUGGGCGAGUAUGUCGGCGUCACCUUUGGCGUUUUCGGCUACUGCAAGGGCAACGAGUGCAGCCCCAUAGAGAUCGGCUACGACGAUGGCCUCUCCCGGGUCCUGGCCGAGUCGGACAACUCGACGUUCGACCUGCCAGCCCCAGCUAGGCGCACGCUAUCGGCCAUUCUGAUUAUCCACCCCGUCGCCGCUCUGAUCACGCUGAUCAUGCUAGGAAUGUCGAUUGCUGCCCACUUUCACUCGGCUGCUCACUCGGCCCGCUACCUCCUGAUUGUUUUCAUUGUCGGCAUCAUCGACACCGUCGUCUGCCUGCUCGCUUUCCUGAUCGACGUGCUCCUCUUCGUCCCGCACUUGGCCUGGGGCUCUUACCUUGUGCUGGCGGCCACAAUUCUGGUUAUGCUGAGCGGGCUUGUCUCGUGUGCCAUGCGACGCACUCUAGUCAGCCGCAAAGCCCGUAAGAAGCGCAUCGAGGAGAAUGCCGAGAUGAGUGGCGAGAAUUUCUACAACCGCCAGGCCCAGUUGCCCUCGGCCGACACCACGCCCUCUUCCGAGACGAAGCAACCGACUGUCCCGGCCCUGAGCGGUGCCAAUGGCAACGGUGCCGACAACCUGCACGGCUUUGCUACCUUUGAGAAGAAGGACGACCGCAGCAGCGACGAGAGGGUGCCUCUGACCUCGGUCAGCCCUCCCAACCGCUCCCCCAACGGGGUGCCCAACGACAUGCUCCCAGGAGAUGCGCAGUACAACAUACCGCCCCAGCCAUCGAGAUCUCCGUCCAACCCGGGACAGCGUGACCAAUACGGGAACCCCGUCGACGGCCCCGUCGAUGCCUAUGGAAUGCAGAGAGGUCCCUCUUUUGACCGUAUGAACUCCAGGGGCCGCGGCGGCCCUCCAGGAGGCUAUCGAGGCCGUGGUGGCUACGGCCUGCCAGGAGGCAGAGGUGGAUAUGGUGGCUACGGUCCGCCGGGCGGCCGAGGGGGCUAUGGCCCGCCUGGCAGGGGAGGCUAUGGGCCGCCGCCUAACGGUAGAGGAGGAUAUGGACCUCCGCAAAGGGGAGGCUACGGCCCGCCCACGAGAGGUCGUCCGCCACCGCCGGGGUACCAAUUCGACGGCAGGGGGCCUCCUCCUCCACCAGAUAACUACGCCGGGCCGUACGGCCCUGGUACUAGGGGAAUGUCGCCAGGACCCCCGUCGGCACCCGGAGGCUACGGGGCGAACAACUCGUCAGCCAACGUUUCGGCCGGUGGAUACACUGCGUACAGCUCCGAUGACCGCGACGACCUGCCGCGCGCCGAGUCACCUCCCCCUCUUCCUGGUGUCGAUGACGGCAUCAGCUCCGGCCCUGGCCCCCUCCCUGGCCCCCUCCCUGGCCGGGCGGUCGAGAUGGAUGCCUCUUCGGGCAGCCCACGCCCACCUCAGAAUGGCUUCGGCAAUGGUAACCGCCAGAACAACGACACCCAGUUCAGGGAUAGCGACGCCGACAUCGCCGGCAUGGUGGGGCUUCAACAGGGCAUCGGGCCACAGCAGGGCGUCCGGCCCAUGCAGCGCCAGAACACAGUCAUGAGCGAAGCAAGCAUGUACAGCUCUGACGAAUAUGUUCCGCCAAGGACAGGCUGGAAUGAAGCAGGCCGGAACCCGCCGCGCAUGCCAUCGCCGCUUCAUGUUGCCGGGCGCACCCCUGAGGCUCCGGGAGGCCAAAGUAGGAGUCCACCACCUACCGCGGCUGGUAACGGGGGCGGCUACUACGAGGACAUCGAUCCCCGCUUUGCCCAGCCCUCGGCCCCAGUCGACCCGCCAGGAGGCGUGCCGAGAGGGAGGCCGACACCGCCGCCUCCCAUCCAAGUCAACAACGGAGCGAUCGACUACGACGAUAUCCCGCAAGGCGCGCGAAGCCCGGCCGAGUCGGAGAAGUCGAACUUCACAUCUAUCUCACAGCGGGGCAUAAACCCACGCUGGAACCCGCCGCCCCCGAACCUGAUGCCGGGCUUCUCUGGGCCAGCCCAGAGGCGACCGGUGCCCAACCGGAAUGACGUGCUCCUUGCCAACAACCCGGACUUUGAGCUUCCCGGUCUCGGGGGUCCCAGGGGCAACCCCAACAGGGGCCCCGGCGGUGGCGGCGGCAUGAUUCCCGGCAGCGCCUACCCAGCCGGGCGCAUCUAGUCGAGUCGACCGGCGCUUGACAGCGUUUGCCUCGUCCAUUCUUCGAGCCUAUGUAAUACCAAGUCGCCACCUGUCCGAAACGUUAGAGCAAGGAUGCACCACGACCAAGACUCCGAUCCCCAUUGGGUUCCCGAUCGCUAUCUCGACAUCGUGCAUCAUUCGGACAUAGAUUUCUUUCCGUCCUACCCCAAUACCCCAAGAAAGCUCACUGCCGAGAGCUUGUUCGUCCACAAUAAUAUGCACGAGUACCCAUUCCGAUUCGAGCAGACUCGCAUCCGCUUGUCUCGACGACAAGCUCACCACUACGCUCCAUGAACACCACGGGCUCCCAUGUUUUCACUCUUGCCAACUUGAACAUUCUCGAUUCCCCAAUCUGAUUCUCGUCGAUCCUUUCUAGCUUCUCGCCCUCCCUGGAAGAGAUUCUACGCAUGGCAUAAGCAGCAUUUCUCAAAGUCGCCUCUUUUUCUUUUUUGACUUUACAGCUUUGAGGCUCUUUCUUUUGCACCCCGACUCCGUGCAGCCAUCAUCCAACAGCAUUGUUGUCGUUGGGUUUCGCUUCUACUUUCAAAAAUGGGACUCGGUGGUAUCUUACUUUUUUAUUUCUUUUUUUUCUUUUUGCCUCCUUUUUUGUCGACCAGUUUUCGACCACAUGUCGGCUCAUACCACGGAGUUUGUAUGUCUCACGCUCGCCUUCUCGCAUCUCUUUUCCUGUUUUUAUGUCGAUAUACACCUGUGGACGUGUUCCUCUGAACCCCACGCCUUCAUCUUCAUUUUGUUCUUGUUUUCCAGAUGAGCAUCAGUAUAUAUCGUGCCGGCUCCAGGCCCUUCUGGCAGCUUUGGCAGCCUGAAAACGGCUAGGCUUUCCGUGAGCUGUGGAAGGAAGUGCCUUUUAGGGCUGAAGGUGUGGCCUAUGGGUCAUUUUGACUUCUCUUUUUUGUUUCGUGUGCUGUGUUUCCCAACCUGCCUCCUAAUCUUUGGCCCACGGGAGGCUCGGGUCGGUAAAUAGUGAGCCUCGAUAAUCUUCGUCCUCCUCGGGGCUCCCUUAUGGAGCAAGGAGCUCAAAGAAGAAGGGAUUCGGCCGUCUUGUUAACCCGCUCACUGCGCAGUGAUAUCUUUUUGU